AUGUCGUCCACACCGCGCCUUCGCAGUUUGAACAUCAAUAACAUCAACCCGCACGUGAAAAAGGCCCACUAUGCUGUUCGCGGCGAGCUUGCGAUGAAGUCAGAGGAGUACCGUCACCAGCUGACGCAAAACGACCCUCCUACUCCCCCAGAGUCUCCCUUGCCCUUCAGCAGUGUCAUCACGGCCAAUAUCGGUAACCCGCAACAACUUGAUCAGAAGCCGAUUACGUUCUUCAGGGAAGUCCUCGCCCUACUAGAGCACCCGGCUCUGUUGGACAAUGAAGAGGCCCUAAAGUCGAGCUUCGGCUACAAGCAAGACGCGAUUGACCGUGCUCGGUGGUUGCUCAAACAGGUCGGCUCCGUCGGUGCAUAUUCACAGUCUGCAGGGGCUCCUGGCAUACGGCAGUCCGUGGCCAAUUUCAUCGCGCGACGGGAUGGGUUCCCUGCCCACAGAGACCACAUUUAUCUGUCGGCUGGUGCUUCGUCGGGUGUGAACACCCUCCUGAACGUCAUUUGUGCCGCACCCGAGACGGGUGUGUUGGUGCCCAUCCCCCAGUAUCCUCUGUACACGGCCACACUCGACAUCCUGAAUGCACGCUGUGUACCAUACUACCUCAAGGAGUCACACGCAUGGGGCACAGAUAUCACGGUCAUCAAGAAUGCGUAUGACAAGGCGGUCAGUGAAGGCACGGAUGUCCGUGCCAUUGUCAUCAUCAAUCCUGGCAACCCUACAGGUGCCUCGCUGUCUGAAGAUGACGUUGAGGGUGUUAUCAAGUUUGCCGCGGAAAAGAAUCUUGUCAUCAUAGCCGACGAGGUCUACCAGACCAACGUCUUUAUUGGGAAAUUCCACUCCUUCAAACGCGCUUUGCGCACGAUGCAACAAAGGGAGCCGGGCACUUACGAUACCGUCGAACUCGCGUCGCUCAACUCUGUCUCCAAAGGUAUGGUGGGCGAAUGCGGACACCGUGCUGGUUAUUUUGAACUUGUGGGGUUCGACCCGGAGGUUCAAGCUCAGAUCUACAAAUUCAUCUCCAUCAUGCUUUGUCCUCCUGUAGUAGGUCAAUGUCUGCUGGAGCUCAUGGUGAAUCCGCCCAAGGAGGGCGAUCCCAGCUUUGCACUCUACAGCAAGGAAUACGACAGCAUCAAGAAUGGCUUAAAGGAAAGAGCCUAUGCGCUCUAUGAGGCAUUCAAGCAGAUGGAGGGAGUGGAGAUUGGUGAACCACAGGGUUCCAUGUAUCUCUUUCCGACCAUCAAUCUACCUCCAAAAGCGGUCGAGGCGGCAAAAGAGGCCGAUCGUGUCCCAGACGCGUUUUAUUGUCUCCGUCUCCUCGACAGUACAGGGAUUUGUGUGGUACCGGGAUCUGGGUUUGGUCAGGAACCCGGCACGCUCCAUUUCCGAACAACCUUCCUCCCUCCGGGCACGGAUUGGAUCAGCAGAUGGACGAAGUUCCACAAAGACUUUAUGGACGAGCAUCGUUGA